AUGGCUACAAUAUUAACAAAUACUGUUUCUUGGCAUCACGGUGAAGAGGAAAUACACCGUUUACUUCGAGCCCCUCACGGCGAGAAUCCCACUGUUCCGUACCUCAGCCCGGGUGCCGGAUUCCUUGUCCAACAAGCCCCCUUGUUGGCGUUAGGCACACUUGACUCGGAGGGUCGGCCAUGGUCAACAAUAUGGGGAGGCACAGAGGGUUUUGCGGGGCCGGUUGCCGAAUCCUCCAUAGGCCUCCGGACGCAGGUGGACACUAAAUACGAUCCCGUUGUCCAAGCUUUACUAGGUAACUGGACGGACGACCACUCUGAUAGCGAUUUAGGAAUAGGAAAGAUGGUCUCAGGAUUAGCAAUCGACUUAGAACACCGCCGGAGAGUGAAGCUGUAUGGCAGAAUGGUCGCGGGCUCGCUGUCUGAUACAGACCCAGGACAGGCACAGCUGAUCGUCCACAUCGAAGAGAGCCUGGGAAAUUGUCCAAAAUACAUGAAUAAGAAGCAUAUUGUACCUGCACAACCUGACCCCAAACUUGUUUCGGAUUCGCCGCAAUUGAAUGCCGCCGCAGUUGAGCUCCUGUCUCGCGCAGAUACCAUGUUCGUAUCUUCGUCUCAUGGAACAACUAACAUGGACACAAAUACCCGCGGCGGUCCGCCUGGAUUUAUGCGCGUUGAAUCAAAUCAGCCGAGUGGUGCUGUACUUGUAUAUCCCGAGUAUUCGGGAAACAGAUUGUACCAAACACUAGGCAAUCUGCAAACUACACCACUGGCCGGCUAUGCUGUGCCGGAUUUUGAGAACGGCCAUGUACUCUAUGUGACAGGUCGCACAGAAAUACUAGCUGGGAAAGCUGCUUCUACUAUACUUCCACGGUCCAAUCUUGCCAUUCGACUCACUGUUGAUGCUGCAAUCUUCGUUCAAAACGGACUGGCCUUUCGUGGCAAGACUGGAGAACCUUCUCCAUACAACCCAAGUGUGCGAUAUCUCAUCAACGAGAAACAAUUACCCGGCGUUCAGAAAAAUGAUAACCCAGAUGCAACGGCAACAUUGAUCAAAAAGGAGGACAUCACGCCGUCCAUCAAACGGGUUCGUUUCCGCGUCUCCGGUCGUGGACCAACAUCAUGGACUGCAGGACAAUAUGCCACACUGUCAUUUGAAGAUGAAUUGGACAUGGGAUAUAGCCACAUGCGAGAAGACGAUCCAACCAGCCUGAAUGACGACUAUGUUCGAACCUUCACUGUUUCUUCAUACCCCGGUCGCGACCUACCGCAAGAUCAAUUUGAGAUGAUGAUUCGACGGAAUGGCCCUGUAACCAAAUACCUAUUCCAAGUCAACGAGCGGGCAGGAUUGGAAGUGCCUCUGAAAGGAUUCGGGGGCAGCUUCCAAGUGUCCACUGGAGAGGGCAUCAUCACGCCCUUCAUAGCGGGUGGCAUUGGCAUCACACCACUUCUUGCACAGCUGCCCGAUUUGAACAUUUCCCAGCUGCGGCUAUUUUGGUCGGUUUCGAUCCAGGAUAUAGGGCUUGUGCAUGACACUUUCCAACGCUGGCCCCAGUUGCCCGUGUCAACGACUUUGUUUAUCACCGGCCGCGAAGUGGACCUCGAUGGGGCCGAUCGACGCUUGUGGGACGGGAUUCAAUCCUCUGGGCUGUUGAUACGGCGACGAAUGCAGGCCGAGGACUUAGACCUUACGCUAGCAGAUCGUUGGUACCUCUGUGCGGGAGUGACCUUGAAGCGGAUGGUGUUAAAUUGGCUUGCGGGGAAGACUGUGGUCUAUGAGGAUUUUAACUAUUAA